CAGGCUCGUGCGAUGACUUGUAAGAAGUUGCAUUGCGCCUGUGCGCCUGUGUUACUCAUGAGCGCACGAAAUGGCCGCCCCACAACAAGAUUGGAUCUUGGACGAGACACGGAAUCUCUGGUACCGCAUUGACUACGUUACGCGACAGUAUGUAUAUCAAGAUGGGACCACGUUACCGCUGCCGACGACUCAAUCGCCCCCGCCAGCUCAAUCUCCGCCAGGAGCUAGGCCUCGCACCCUUCCUGGGAGUAGCAUCCCAGCAGGCUCAAGAGGGCCAGCCGCGUCAUCUGCCAGUACCACGCCGCAAGUUGCAUCGCCUCGCAAUACAAGAACAACAGUUGUGUCGUCUGACAGUUCCAAAUCGCCAACGUACCAAGCUGUUUCGGGGAAGAUAGCUAUCACACAACCUGUCUUCGUUAAGCGAUCGGAAGACUUCUUUCAGAGAUUUCAAGUUAUCGCGUUGCGGCCUGCAGAACUCCCUCACGGGCUCAGAUCAGCCGUAGACACGAAUCUUAGCGACCUCCGAGCCGGCAACGAAACGUUCUCCGGGGUUCGCAGAUUUGUAGUGAUUACAGAAGCGAAUCAAGGAUACGUUCUCGCAUUACCUAUCCUGACCUAUGGCGGGCAGGGCGUUGCAGCAGACGGCGUUGUGAAGCACGAACACGGCAUCAUCCACACACACAGCGCAGACCAGAAGCCACCAUUCCCACCCCCACUCAAGGGCGAACUGCCCGUUCGCAAAGAGACAGGCAUGUUGCCGACCCCCAUUCGUGUGAAACUACGCGAUCUCUCGGAAAAGCUUCAUCGCUGCUCAAGAAUCAACUAUGGGCAACCGACUUCAAUCCCAAUCACGGUUCCUGUCCACCAUAUUGGAGAUGUCGCCAGGGACUCGCAGGGCCCUUUGCUUUCCCAGGCCAAGUAUGUUCGUAAUCAUAAGCGGCAAGAGGAACAACGCGAAGUAGCAGCAUCGGAAGAGGAUCCGCGGACUAGGCAAGAAGAAGCACAAAAUGCCGACGCAGCGUUUUACCAGGCUGAAUACCACAAGAGGAAAGCCAAAGGGCAACUAGAGAUAGAGAUUUUGCAGUAUCUCAUCACGGUCUAUCAGCGCACGCAUCCCAGCUUGUCUUGGAACGAGGCUUCGGCGAUUGUGCAGCGUCUCUUGAGAUCCUGAAGCUGGAGGCAGGUCGCGACAUGGUACGUCAAACCAGUUAUCGCAGAUCUAAGGAUUGCGACACUGGUGGCAGUGCCGUUGAACUUACAACGAAAUACG